UGUCAAAGUCAAAAAAACAAGGUUCGCGCGAGCGCGAAGACUUCACUGUGUUGCUAUUCUGUUCCGGUGCUGUGUAUCUCAUAGCAUUGCAUGCACGUGUAUUCAUUAGAAAAUCAUGUAAUCUACCCAAACCCAUAUCAGAUGUAUUGCUUAGUCGCACUGUACGGACGUGUAGUGUGAACCUCAAACGUAGACUAAUGAGGUCGGUCGAUUUCACACUGUUUAUCAUUAUCACAGAUAACUUUAUCAAGUUUAUAAGUACUUUAUAUGAAACAUUUUAGUGUUUACAAGAUAUCCUAUUCGAUCUAAGUAUAGAAAAUCGCUUUGAAUAAUUUAUCUAAAUGUUACCAUCAAAGAUGCAAGUUAACAAAAAGUUGCUUCCCAUCAAGGGACAUUUUUUCUUCUUUAAUGCAGGUACAGCGCCACUGGUUCCAUACUUAUCAACUUAUGCUCGCCAACUAGGAUUCUCAUCUGCAACAGUAGGAUUAAUUUAUACAGUAUUACCUAUAUUCGGUCUUAUCGCCAAACCAUUAUUUGGUGUCAUUGCUGACAGGUUUAAAAAGCAAAAAAUUAUAUUUAUAUUAUUCCAAAUAAUAACCAUAAUCAGUUUCGGUUCCAUAUAUUUGAUACCAGAAAAUAGAAACUGGACAGUGGAAUUAGACUGUGAUGGUGGAUUCACUUAUCUGCAGAGUUGUUACAAAAGUAAAGAUUCUGUUGACAUGUGCAAAGUCAGUUCGCUGAGUAACCAAAGUUCCGACGCUACUGCAGUUUGUGAAAUGAACUGCGAUAUGACCUCACCCAAAAUGUGGCAGACGGUGUGCGAACAUUGGCAUCUACCUCAGUAUUGCUACAGUGAAACUAACAACAUACAAUACUCCUCAUCUGUCAGCAAUGUUACUUUGAAGACAGAUAACUGUGCUUACAUUAUGGCUAAUAACGUGACCAUGGAUGGUCAUAUAUUCAGUCCCCAAUGUAGGCUUGGUGGUGAAUAUGUCGAUGUUAAUGAACCUUGCACGUUCAAGUGUAACAAUACGAAGCUCUCCACUGCUAUAGGAACAGGGAAAGUGAAUAUGACAUGUGUGGAUAAAAAAAUUAACUACAAACUAUGUUCUAACAACAGUGCUCAGCUUACAGAACUGACCAAGCAACCGUUAAAUAGUGAAUGUGAGGCGUCAUGCGAUCUCGACGUAAAUAUGCCUUGGAGGCUAAUGGAAAUAUGCGAAUGGUGGAAAGCCGACACGACCAGCUAUUGUCAACCAAAAACGAAACUGGGUGAAGAGUUCCCUAAAAACCUGUCUUUCACUGGAAUAAUAUUGCUGGCACACACAUCAGCUGAAGACGAAUGUGUUUAUAUGCGACUCAAUCAUAUCGAACUGCCUGAUGGCAAUGGUCAAGUGACAACUCAUUAUCCAAACUGCGAAUCAAGAGCUCUAUACGCCUUGAAAUCUGAACUGUUUCGUUCUUCCUGCGAAAUACGCUGUAACAAUGCUGUGGUAAACGAGUUAAUGGAAGGAGCAUCUGAAAGCAGAGCCGAUAGCAGUAAGGAAUACACCUCCCAAUUCUGGCUGUUCUUCUUAUUGAUGAUACUUAGUUGGAUCGGACAAGCCGUGGUAGUCACCUUCGCUGACGCUAUCUGCUUCAACCUACUUGGACCGAAAGUUUCCUUGUAUGGAAAACAAAGACUGUGGGGCUCCUUCGGUUGGGGUAUUUUCUCCCUGUUGACCGGCGUCCUCAUAGAUUUGUUCAGCGACGGAGCAUACAAAGACUACACUAUCGCAUUCAUACUCAUGUUUGUGUUCAUGGUCGGCGACGUUGGUGUGUCAUGUUUUGUAAAGACUGAUUCGACUAAGAUGUCUAUGAACAUUUUGGCUGACGUUGGCACACUAUUAUCGUCUUUACCAACAUUCAUAUUUUUAUUAUGGACGAUAGCAGUAGGAAUGUGCACUGGUCUACUUUGGCAAUUCUUAUUUUGGCUCAUUGAAGACAUAUCGGGCCUCAACUGUGAUGGCGCAGCUUAUAUAAAAACUUUGCAGGGAUUAGUCAGUGCAAUACAGACGUUUGGUGGAGAAAUUCCUUUUCUAUUCGUCAGCGGUUAUGUACUCAAAAAAGUUGGUCACAUCAAUAUGAUGAGCUUAGUCCUGCUGGCGUUUGGUGUGAGGUUUAUAUUGUACUCCUUCCUGACUGACCCCUGGUGGGUACUGCCUAUUGAAAUGCUACAAGGUAUAACGUUCGGCAUGUUCUACCCGACAAUGACGUCCUAUGCCACAAUUGUUUCGCCACCCGGUACAGAAACAACAGUGCAGGGUUUGGUAGGAGCUGUAUUCGAAGGCGUCGGAACUUCUUUAGGAAGUUUUAUAGGAGGUCAACUGUACGGAACUUACGGAGGGUGGAUAACUUUCCGUUCAUUCGGUAUCGGCGCUCUAGUGUGUUGUGGAUUAAACUGGUUGGCUUUCUUCAUCCUAAAGGAUAAAAUUGGCCAUGCCAGAGUGCCUACAGGUUACUCAUCUGUAAUCCGCUAUGAACAACCAAACGAUAUGGUCUAUAUGUUGGAGGAUAUGUCUGAAGGAAGAUUAUAGUCAGUAUAAAAAAUAGUAUGUACAUUGUAGGUAAAAAAUUGUAUCUUAAGUAGGGCUCAAGGAGCUAAAUUGUAAUUUUCCUGACAAUGCGUUAGUUACUAUGUAAGUUCUGUGAUCAUAUACAUUUGUGCUAUUUUGAUAAAAUAUUUAUACUAACAUGAUAGCAAAAAAAACUGUGAAACAGUUGAUCGUUACACUCCGCGGGCGACAAGAGAUAACAUUCCAAACGCGCUUAAAGCGAGUAUUUAUUUCCACAUAAGUCCGACAUAUUUUUAUUGAAUUUAAUUAUUAUAAUAAAAAAGUACCUUCUUACGGUGAGCUGCACAUCAAAGCAAAUCUUCGAGGGUAUCGCAAGCAAUUUCACGGCUGAUUGUGGUUUGGUUAGGUAUAUGCCUACAGAGUGGACCACAAAAAAUCGAGCUACAUACAAAGGGUAUCUUGGCUCCUGGGUACGAGGAAUCUAGAAUGUGUGGCUUGACGUUGUUUAUAUAUAUCUAAAUAUUGCAAGUUGGAAAAAAAAUAAUUUUACAAAUUAAGAUUUCCUGUAGUAAUAAUCUACUAAAGGAGUUCAAUAUUUGGCGGUUAAAUAACUUUAUUGAAUUUUAAGUCAUUGUCCGGUUAUUUUCUUAAAAGUGGUUUGCUAUGAUUAAGCUAUACAAGAUCAAGACACAGUACCUACAUUUUAGUCUGAUACCAACUUCUCCUGUGAUUUAGGCAUUCUCCUUUAAGAAAAAGCAAAUAAUGCAUCAAUAAUCGUAUCCCUGUGAAGUAGGUAUUUUAAAUUAGUCUCUUAGUUGUAGGUAUAGGUACUUAAUUAGAUAUAAGAUGGGUUUUGUUUGCAGGGUGUGUUGGUUUUUCGUCUUUUUAUUUAUUACUGCCUGUACCGUAAAACGGGGUGAAUAGCCAUUAUUUCCAACUAGGACAUAUAAAUUCGUUAGUAAUGUUUUAUAAAUCUCUGAUUUUAUUGUGCCCGGCACUACAAGGUUAGAGCUGUAACAAGUUUUUCGUUUAGCUAUAGGUAACUGUGGAAUUUCAAGAUUAAAAAAUAUAUGUACCAUUUCUAUUUACCCAACGAUUGGGGUCAAUAAAAAAUCGUCAAGAACUACGGUUGCCACAUAGGACUGUUAACCAUCAAGCAUCAAAUUUAUAUUAUAUGGUCAUUUCAUAUUUAUUUAUGGCAUCACCGGUUCGACGUAAUCACGUUCGGCUAUCAUUGAGGAACAUCGCUGGGACUUAAUCUCUAUAAGUAUAUCCUGAGCGAGGGCCGUAUUGCUUCGAUCAACAGUAGUAUUGUUGAGCGAAGCCGCAUUGUGCUUGAGACGCAUGUUACCCCAUCAUGUUUCAUUAUUUCUUGUUAUUUAUUGCGUAUAUGUGUACAUCUCCAACCAUGCUAUUAACGCAUGUUAUUUUUUUCUUCUUGCAAAAUUAUAGGUUGUGUGUCAAAAAAAUGUUUUGGUUUGUAAAAUGCUAAAGUGUUGUGAUUUAAUCAAUUUAUGCAUAGGUAAACCUAAACAUAACAAUUAUGUUUGUAUUUGAACAGAUUUUAUUUUUACGGUAUGUUAUUAUGUAUUUCUAUUCAAUAAAUGGAACAAGAUGUGUA